AUGAGCAAAAUAUUUGUUAUUUUCGGAGCUACUGGUAAGCAAGGCGGGGCCCUAAUCAAUUUCAUUCUCCAAGAUGAGGCCUUGUCGAAAGAGUUCAAUUUAAGAGGGAUUACGCGAAAAGCCUCAAAGCCGGAAGCAGUCCAGCUCAAAGAGCGCGGCGUGGAGGUUAUCGAAGCCGAUAUGAAUGAUCCUCCGUCACUUAGACCAGCUCUCGAGGGAGCAUACGCUGUGUUUGCCAUGACUAACUUUUGGGACAAAGCAAGUGCUGAGGCCGAAGUGGCUCAAGGAAAGGCCAUUGCCGAUGUAUCAUUAACAGCUGGCGUGUCUCUGAUGAUCUGGUCCUCUCUGCCAAAUGUUACAAAAAUGUCAAAUGGAGAGCUCACCACCGUCGAGCAUUUCGAUAGCAAGGCCGAGGUAGAAGAUUACAUUCGAAGCCUGAAUUUCCCCAGCAGUGCCUUCUUCCUUCCUGGUUGGUUCAUGCAGAACUUUUGGGAUAAUUUCGUUCCAAAGCCAAAGAUGAUCUCCGAAGAUACAGUGUUAUUCCCAUUUGCCUGGCCCCCGGAUAUGCGCAUGCCAUUGAUCGACAUUGGCGAUGCGGGAAAAUAUCUCGCACCUGCACUGCGAGAUCCGGCAAAAUACAACGGUGCCCAGCUGGUCUCGGCUACGGCAUUCUAUUCUGCUCAGGAGAUAGUGGAUAUUUGGUCGGGAGUUAGUGGCAAGAAUGUCCGACUGGCUACUGGUGAUGAAGUCGAACAAUUCAUUACCCAUCCCCUGCAGAGAGAUGUACUACGUCCAGGUCCUCUGUUCCUGAGGUACGGGUAUUUCGGCCCCAAUGGUGACCGAGACCUAGAUUGGACUCUCGCGCAGUUAGAUCCUGCGGAUAAAUUGACAACGUGGGAGGAAUUUCUUGUUCGGAAUGGGCCAUGGGAUUUUGAGUAG